UGGAUAAUAUAUUUGGUCUCUUAUAUCAUGCAAAACUCGAGAAACAUGAAGGAAGCUUAGCACAAAAUAUUUGAUAUGGUAGGAAUAUUGCAGUCUCAGCUCUUCAAAGUUGGAGUUCGGUCCCUCCAAGCUACAGAAAGUUGUUAUAUUCAGAAUUCAGUAAUUCAUAUAACAUCACCAGGCCUAGUUAAAUGUUUUAGUUCUUCAAUCUACCAGAGACUGCCUCAAAUUUCAGGUCAUUGCAGAAGUAAAACUAAGGCAUUUGCAUUAAGGAGGAGAAGGGCAAAUGAGAGAACUGAAACUUAUGUACUAUUAGAACCAGGGCAAGAUGAGAGGUUUGUUUCUGAGGAAGAGUUGAAGGAAACAUUGAAAGAGUUGCUGGAAAAUUGGCCUGGCAAGGCUCUUCCCCCUGAUCUUUCAAGAUAUGAGAACAUUGAUGAUGCUGUUUCUUUCCUAGUGAGAUCAGUUUGUGAACUUGAAAUUGAUGGAGAAGUUGGCUCAAUCCAAUGGUAUGAGGUCCGUUUGGAGUGAUUAGUGUAACCAUUCCAUUAGCCAUUUCAUUCAUGCCAUACUAACUUGUACUUAUCAUGUUUAGUUGUGGAACCAUUAGAGUUACAACCUUCCACUCUCUUGUAACUUUAUUGGCCUGAUACAAGUAUAUAUUGUACUCAUUUAAGGUAUAUUAAUUUGUCAAAGAAAGAUGUUUUAAUCUCUCAGAAAAAAGUGGAAAGGAAAUAAUUUUAUCAAAAUAAAAUAACAUUAUUGUAAUGAUAUGAUAUUAAUUGUGUCAAAUUAAGAUG